CCGGAAGGUUUUCAUAGUCACACACCAUCAGAAAACUGUCAUGGCGUCUGGAUACAUUGUAAAUCGUGGUGUGCUAACAUUUGGAAUUCACUAUCAGCAUGUUUGUAGAAAUGUACUCCUUACACAUACCCGAGAGAAGAAGCGAUGGAUGAAAGCAUAUACUCUUUUGAUGGAAAGAAAGUUGAAGAUAGAAGGGCCUCCACCACCUAAGCCACGUGCUCAAAAACCUAACUGGGACUAUCAUGCCGAAGUCCAGGCAUUCAGCAGCCGCCUUAAAGAAAGUUUCUCCCCGGAGCUCCUGAAGACAGCCUUUGUGAACCCCUGUUACAUUCAGUCAGAGCAAGAGAGGAGGCAGGCACUCGGCGUGGACUCUGAAAUGGCCGCUCUGGUCCUGGGGGACAACAUUCAGCUGCACAGCCAGGGCUUGGAGUUCACCAAGAGCUUCUUGUCUGACUGGUGCAGGGCUAGCUUCCCUAGCCUGCCCAGCAUGGGAGUGGUCGCCAUUGUCGCGCACCUGACCAGUCAUCCAGUCGUGUGCCUUGUGGCGCGGAACCUUGCCAUUGAGGACCUAACUAUGAGUGCUCAAUUCCCUGUCCCUGAUGAAGUAUUGCACAGUACGUUCCUUGCUGUGAUUGGAGCACUCCAUGAGAGCAGUGGAGCUGAGCGAGCAGGACUUUUCCUUCGGGAUUUCCUGGUCACUCAGCUGGUAGGGAAAGACCUGUUUGAGAUGUGGUCGGUGGUAAACCCAAUGGGGCUGCUGGUGGAGGAGUUGUCCAAGAGGAACAUGGCCCUCCCAGAGCCUCGCCUCACCAGGUCGGCCGGCGCCGGCACUGUGCUCCCACUCUACUUUGUAGGGCUGUACAGUGAUAAGAAGCUCCUUGCCGAGGCUCCAGGGGAGACCGUUCUGGCUGCGGAGGAGGAGGCGGCACGCGUGGCCCUGAGGAAACUCUAUGGCUACACUGAGAACCGGAGACCCUGUGACUUCUCUGCAGCGGAGCAGCCUCAGGUUCCUGGCCUCCAAUCCUUCAGCAGCAGCUAAAUGACGUCACCACAAGCACUACAAUGUCUUCCAUCAGUUGAUGACAGCUCUUGACACAACAGAGGGUCAAAGUCAAGCGGUUCCCUUAGCCUAUCAGGACCAACCUCUGACAGACUCAUACCUACAAACAGGAAUUUACCCUCCAAACUAUGUGGUCUCAUUAGCCUUGCAAUUAGAGGACUGUCCUUGGGCAAAAUAUUGUUUUUUUGUGUAAUAGAUUAUUGAUCUAAAAGCAAAAUGUUUCAUGUCCAUAAUAAAUCUGUAUCCCUGAGCACAUCUCUUCAAAGAAAGUGUAUCAUACCAUCUUUGGUUUCUCCUUGUCUGCUUAUUAUUAGGUGUUAUUUAUUGAUGUAUGACAUUAGUCUGCUCUAUAAAAAACAUGGUUUA